AUGUCCCUCACCAACGCCUCCCCCGUCGACGCCGCAAAGGGUGCGAAAUCGGCCUCUCACAUUCUCGCGACCCUCCCUGCCGAAGCCCGCAACGAUGCCCUCACGGCCAUCCACGCUGCUCUCGCCGAGGCCAAGGACGACAUUCUGGCCGCCAAUGCGCGCGACCUGGAGCUCGCACGUAAAGCCGCCGCCGAUGGUCAAUUGAGUCAAAGUCUCGUGUCCCGCCUGGACCUGGGCAAGAAGGGCAAGUUUGAGGAUAUGCUCAAGGGUAUCUUGGACGUGAGAGGUCUCGAGGACCCAGUCGGCAAAGUCACACUCAGAACCAAGCUGGACGACGGCCUCGUCCUGGAGAGAGUCACCUGCCCCAUCGGCGUCCUCCUCAUCAUCUUCGAGGCCCGCCCCGAGGUCAUUGCCAAUAUCGCCUCCCUGGCCAUCAAGUCGGGCAACGCCGCCAUCCUCAAGGGCGGCAAGGAAUCCACAGAGUCCUUUGUCGCAAUCUCAAAAGUCAUCUCCGCCGCCCUCGACAAGUCCCAGGUGCCCAACCCGGCCGUCCAGCUCGUCACUACCCGCGACGUCAUCCCCCAGCUCCUCGCCCUCGACGACUCCAUCGACCUCGUCGUCCCCCGCGGCUCCAACGAGCUCGUGCGCUACAUCAAGGAGUCGACAAAGAUUCCCGUCCUCGGCCACGCAGACGGCCUCUGCUCCAUUUACCUGACCGACUCCGCCGACGCGGGCAUGGCGGCCAAGGUCCUCGUCGACUCCAAGACGAGCUACCCGGCCGCCUGCAACAGCGUCGAGACCCUUCUCGUCCAGGACUCCGCCCUCAACUCCGUCUUCCCCGCCGCCGCGGAGGCACUGGUUGCGGCCGGCGUCACGCUACACUGCGACGCCAAGUCCAAAGCCGCUCUCCAGUCCCACAUUUCCGGAGAAUCGGCCUCCAAGAUAGUUGACGCAAAGGAUGCAGACUACGACACCGAGUUCCUCUCCCUCGACCUCGCCGUCAAGGUCGUCUCGUCGCUCGAGGAGGCGGUGCAGCACAUCCACGCCCACGGGUCCAAGCACACCGAGUGCAUCCUCACAUCGUCCGCCGACGACGCCGAGCGCUUCAUGGCCGCCGUCGACGCCGCGGGCGUGUACUGGAACACGUCGACGCGCAUGGCGGACGGCAUGCGGUACGGCUUCGGCACCGAGGUCGGCAUCAGCACCAACAAGAUCCACUCGCGCGGGCCUGUCGGGUUGGAAGGACUCAUGAUUUACAAGUACAAGAUUCGCGGUCAGGGUCAGGUUUCGUUGGCGUACGGCGAGGGUGAGGGCCAGAAACCGUUCAAGCACGAGAAGAUGGCUUUCUGA